ACUUUUCGAAACACCACAACUCCCCCAUCUCCGUCCGUUCCCGUCGAUCACGUGCUCUUCUCCAUCGUCCACUUAUCAUGUGAAUGUUCUUCUUUGCUACGCUGCUGCUGUUGCUGCAACUGCAGAAGGGCUGACUAGUAUACUGCAGAGAGAGAAGAGAGCUUGCAUUCACCCGAAAUCUUCAGAGAAUUUUCGUUGCUGUUGCAGAGCUUCAGAACAUUUCGUGAAUCGUCAAUGGUGGUUUAGGGUUUAAGAGAAAGCUCCUUCUAUGUAGCUAGACAUGGGCUGCUUACAGUCCAAGACCAGCAAUGUUCAAUCUCCUGACGAAGAAUCCUUACAAGCUGACAAACCAGAUCUAGCUAAUGGGGAUCAGGCGGAGCAAGAUCAAGUCCCGGCAUUUAAAGAGUUUGCUCUGGCCGAGCUCCGAACGGCGACGAAUGGAUUUAGUAGCAAUUAUAUCGUGUCAGAGAGUGGAGAGAAGGCUCCAAAUGUUGUUUACAGAGGGAAACUUGAGAACAAUCGGUUGGUGGCUGUGAAACGCUUCUCCAAACAGUCAUGGCCCGACGCUCAGCAGUUCGUGGCGGAAGCGGCGGGAGUUGGGAAGGUUCGACAUAAGAGAUUGGUAAAUCUGAUUGGGUGUUGUGCUGAGGGAGAUGAGCGCCUCCUAGUAGCUGAAUACAUGCCCAAUGAUACGUUGUCUAAACACCUCUUCCAUUGGGAUAAGCAGCCAUUGCCAUGGGAAAUGCGUGUGAGGGUUGCAUAUUAUAUUGCGCAAGCACUUGAUCACUGCAAUAUGGAGAACCGGAAAAUAUAUCAUGAUCUGAAUGCUUACAGGGUCCUCUUUGACGAGGAUGGGGACCCUUGUUUAUCUAGUUUUGGCCUCAUGAAGAAUAGUCGAGAUGGUAAAAGCUACAGUACAAACUUGGCAUAUACUCCACCAGAGUUUUUGCGGACUGGCAGAGUUAUCCCAGAGAGUGUUAUCUACAGCUAUGGAACAGUUCUCUUGGACCUUUUGAGUGGAAAGCACAUCCCUCCAAGCCAUGCAUUGGACUUGAUAAGGGGAAAAAAUGUAUUGUUGUUGAUGGAUUCGUCCUUAGAAGGGCAGUAUGCUAAUGAAGAUGCUACCAAACUGGUUGAACUUGCUUCAAGAUGUCUCCAAUCUGAGGCAAGGGAUCGACCCAAUACAAAAUUUCUUCUUUCAGCAGUAGCGCCCCUUCAAAAGCAGACAGAAGUAGCAUCACAUGUUUUAAUGGGUUUGUCAAAAAAUACAGCACCACUGCCAACGAUGCUUUCUCCACUUGGAAAGGCAUGUGCAAGGAUGGAUCUUACUGCUGUGCAUGAUAUUUUGCUAAAAACGGGGUACAAGGAUGAAGAGGGUGCUGAAAAUGAGCUAUCAUUUCAAGAAUGGACUCAACAAGUGCAAGAGAUGUUGAAUACAAAGAAAUUUGGGGAUAUUGCAUUCAGAGACAAGGAUUUUAAGAGUGCCAUUGAUUAUUAUUCAAAGUUGGUGCUCAUGAUGUCCGUGCCUUCGGCUACUGUCUUUGCAAGGCGUGCUCUUUCCUACUUGAUGAAUGGUCAACCAGAGCUUGCAUUGCGGGAUGCCAUGCAAGCUCAGGUGUGCAUGCCUGAGUGGCCCACUGCCUUCUACUUGCAGGCUCUGGCCCUAUCUAAGCUUGGAAUGGAGACUGAUGCUCAAGACAUGCUCAAUGAUGGUGCUGCAUUUGAAGCAAAGAAACAAAAUAGCUGGCGUGGCUAAGGUUUGGAGCUGAUGGCAGAACUCUCUCAUCGGUAUUUUGCUUGUCACCAUGAUGAUAUUGUAAAAGUGCCAGUCUGGGGCAGCUGGACAAAAAAUUAGUGAAAUGGUCCAGGGAAGUUCAUUCAUGGUAAGUAUUGCAGUAAUUGUUAUUGAUCUCUCUAUGUUGACAAGAGGUCGAAAGAGAUGAACGAAUGUAUAGAGUAUUCUUGAGAGAUAGAAUAAGUAGGUAAUGAAUCAUCAAAGGAUCAAUUACAUUGCAUGUCCUAGGGCUCUAUUUUAUUCUCUUCUUUUUGUCUUGGAGAAAUUAAGUAUUAUAGGCCUCGGAAGUUGGGUAUGAACCAGACGAGUUGGAAGGUGUAUUGUAUAUUGAUAAAAUGAAACUUGAAUAGCUUUUUUUCAA